GACCCGAGAAAUUGUGACCCACUCUAGAACGGGGAAUCAGCCGGCGACAGCUGCUGCGAUGGCUCCGGUGCUGCGAGUUGUGGCCCUGCUAUUGCUCGAGUUCGUGGCCACUUGUGUGCAGAAGGAUGUCUCUGGAAUCGAUCCCAAAUUCAGUGCACCGAUUUCAAAUGUGACUGUUCCGGUCGGCCGGGAGGGCGUGAUGACGUGCACGGUUCACGACUUACACAAAUAUAAGGUCGCGUGGCUUCGAGUGGAUACUCAAACGAUUCUGACAAUCGAAACACUGGUGAUUACCAAAAGUGAGCGAAUUUCGAUCACCCACACGGAACAACGGAUCUGGCAGCUCCGAAUCAAGGACAUCAAGGAAUCGGAUAAGGGUUGGUACAUGUGCCAGAUCAACACGGAUCCGAUGAAGAGUCAGAUGGGAUAUCUUAACGUUGUAGUUCCCCCUGACAUUCUCGAUCACAAAACCAGCCAGGACAUGACCGUUCCGGAGGGCUCCAACAUCAGUCUGGCCUGCGUUGCAACCGGAGUUCCAGAACCAUCGAUCGUUUGGAAGCGUGCCGGCGAAAAGGCCCUGGCCGUGAUGGAAAACUCAGGAAUUACCACCCACGAUGGGUCUGUUUUGAAUAUCUACAACAUUCAGCGACACAAUGCCGGAGCGUACCAUUGCAUAGCAUCCAACGGUGUCUCGCCAACCGUGAGCAAGCGGAUCAUGGUCACAGUGGACUUUGCCCCGAUUGUGAGGGUGCCAAUCCGGCAGUACACCGCCGAAAUAGGUCAGCGCGUAUCACUGGAAUGUUUCGCCGAGUCCCAUCCGGAUCCGAUUACCUACUGGAUGAGGGGAAAGAAUGAAAUUAUUCUACCGGGUGUCAGUGAAAUGAAGCAAUUUGCAGAAAAUGUCUUCAAAGUGGCGAUGCAGAUUGGAGUUCAUCUGCAGAAAAAUAGCGACUUUGGAAUCUACAAAUGCGUGGCCAAAAAUGAAUUGGGUGUCUCGGAGGAGGCUGUUAAGAUCCAAAAGCGAAUAAGCAAAAUAACCAUCCUGGAUGAACCGCCUACGAUAGUACUGGAGGAAACACCAACGAGCAGCAAAGAAGCUACCGUCAGCCGGCAGAACAAGUUCCGAGAUUUGAUACUUAGAACGAAGAGUUCGGCUGCUCCCCAAACGACACAGCAACGACGAAUGGUGUUUCCGCUAGUGGUGCUAAUUGUGAUUUUUUGUGUUAGUUACUCCUGAUUGGUGGCUCCCGGAGAGGAGAUAAUAUCACACUCUUAUACGAAUUAUUAACUCUAGUGCGGAGUUCUAUGCUGAAUUAUACGACCUAAAACUGUUAACAUUAUGACAUGAACUAGUCAGUUACAAGGCGCUUGCCACUGAGAUACGAUGUUAAGAUGUAUAUAAAACCUAGAAUAAGCCUAUCGACAUACCGAAAUGAUCGUCUUUC